UCUCCCGUCAGUGUUGGAUUUGCGCUUGAAUUGCGUACUCCGUGUGAAACCUGCGCAUAGCCACGUCGUCGUCAGUGCGUCACCAUGCGCGUGAAGUUCACCAUCAACGGGAAGCUGUACCAGGUUACCCCGGACGAGCUGCCGAUCGAUGCGUCGCUGAAUCGCUUCAUACGCACCAAGGCACACCUGGCGGGCACCAAGUUUAUGUGUCUCGAGGGUGGCUGUGGUGUGUGCAUCGUGAACGUGGUCGACACGCAUCCGGUUACCAAGCAACGCAUCACCUUCUCAGUGAACUCGUGUCUGUUUUCGGUGUUCUCCUGCCAUGGCAUGGACAUUCUUACGGUGGAAGGCAUUGGGUCGAAGGCGACCGGAUACCAUCCGGUACAGGAGCGAUUGGCACAGUUCAACGGCACACAGUGCGGGUACUGUUCGCCCGGCAUGGUGAUGAGCAUGUACAGCCUGCUGGAGGCGAACAAUGGCAGCGUCACGAUGGAAGAUGUGGAGAAGGCACUGGCAGGGAACAUCUGUCGCUGUACCGGCUAUCGACCGAUUCUGGAUGCGUUCAAGUCAUUCGCGGUCGAUGCACCGCCCGAGGAUAGGCUAGCUCGACGGGCUAUGGGCAUCACCUGUGCCUCAGACAUCGAAGAUCUGCCCCGGGCGAGCUGUGUCGGUUGUGAGCGGGAAUGUUCAGCCAAGGGUUGCUCCGAUGAGACGAUUGAGCUGCAGUUCAUGCAUCAAGAUCGUCGGUGGUUUCGAGUGCGCACAGUGGACGAGAUAUUUGACAUUCUGCGAGAGGAGGACGUGAGCCCUGGGACGUACAUGCUGGUGGCGGGCAACACGGGUCACGGUGUGUACCGGAGAGCCGCAGACUUGCGAGUGUUCAUCGAUGUGCGCCACGUGGAGGAGCUGCGCAACUACUGGAUCGGAAGUUCGGUGAUCGUCGGUGCGAAUGUGACGCUCAGUGAGCUGAUUGAGAUAUUGCGAGAGGCGGCCAAAGCCGAUCGGCGCUUUACGUACUGUGGCGAGCUGGCACGUCAUGUGGAAGAGGUCGCACAUCCCGCAGUGCGGCACGUCGGGACGAUCGCCGGGAAUCUAACGCUCAAACAUCGCCAUCCCGAGUUUCCAUCCGAUCUGUUCGUUUUGUUCGAAGCUAUCGGUGUCGAGAUGACAAUUGCUUCCCCCAGCGGUGCGAUGGAAAAGCUGCUGCUCGGCCAGUUUCUCAGCUAUAACAUGCACAGACGGGUGCUGCUGAACAUAACGCUUCCCCCGCUCGACUCGGACCGGUGCGUGUUUCGCUCGUACAAGGUAGCGGCAAGGGCGCAGAACGCGAGCGCCCAUGUCAACGCCGCCUUUCUGUUGCGCCUGUGCGCACGCAAAAUUAACGUCGAGCAAGCGUGUCUUUGCUUCGGCGGCAUCGGACCGAAGUUUUCUCGCGCAACCCGCACGGAACAGUACCUCGCGGGCAAGAACCCGUUCAACAAUGUGAUGUUGCAGGAAACGCUUGCCGUACUGAACGCCGAGCUAGCCGGUGGACAAACGGAACCAGCCGCAGAUGCAUCAUACCGUCGCCAGGUAGCAGUCGGUUUACUGUACCGUUUCGUCCUUCAUAUUGCACCACGUGAUCGUCGCGUAGCCAACCCGAUAGUCCGCUCGGGUGGAUCGAAAAUACAGCGUCCCAUUUCCAGCGGCGCUCAGUCCUUCGAUACGUAUCCCUCAAACUGGCCGCUUACGCAAGCACUGCCCAAGCUGGAAGCCUUCCACCAGACGGCCGGUGAAGCGAUCUACGUCAACGAUCUUCCAAGUCGUCCGGACGAGUUGCACGCCGCCUUCGUACUGGCAAACGUAGUGCAUCGAAAGAUUACUGCCAUUGAUCCAUCGCCCGCUUUCGCAAUGCCGGGUGUUGUGGCGUUCUAUUCCGCCAAAGAUAUCCCUGGGAAGAAUAAUUUCGCCUCACUUGUUGGAGGUUUCAACACGACUUACCCAUUUCGGGAUGUGCCCGAGGAGAUCCUGUGCAGUGGUAAAGUGCUAUACCAUGGUCAGCCGGUUGGUAUUGUGGUGGCUGAGUCGUUCGAAUGUGCUACGGAGGCAGCAACGAUGGUGAAGAUGACUUACGGAGAGUCCAAUGAUGAGCCGAUACUUCCCACGGUGGAUGAUGUGCUCGCCCAUGGCACUUCAGGCCAUCGUAUCCUGACGCUUGAACCGGACGUAGUGGGUCGAUCGUACAACCGGGCGGGCAGUACUGUCAACACCGUGAAGGUUACGGGCAAGUGUCACUUUCGUAGUCAAGCACACUUCACGCUAGAGCCUCAGACUUGUCUUUGCAUCCCAUCGGAGGAUGGGACCGGGAUGGAUGUGUAUAGUGCUACCCAAUCGAGCCAUAUGGUUCAGAACGCGAUCGCAAAGUCACUCAACUGGCGCCAGUGUAACGUUCGCGUUAUUGUACGCCCUGUAGGUGGAUCGUUUGGUGCGAAACUAUCCCGCGGAGCAUGGGUCGCCAGUGCGUGUGCCCUGGGCGCCUAUCUUACCCGACGUCCGGUUCGGAUGGUAUUACCGUUCGAGACUACGAUGAAGGCAAUCGGUAAACGUAACGGAGGUCAGUGCCAGUAUGAGGUAGAUGUAAGGCCUACCGAUGGACGCAUCGUUCGGCUUUCCAACACCUACUACGAAGACGAAGGUGUGUCCCAGUACGAAGCGAUGGCGUUUGUAUUCCGCGGUGCAUUCCGCAACUGCUACAGUGAUGACAGCUGGCGACAACUGUUACGUGGUACACUUUCUGACUCACCUAGCACCACCUGGUUACGAUCACCCGGUACAGCCGAGGCGAUCUCAACCAUCGAAACGAUCAUGGAGCAUGUGGCGUUCGUUACUGGGCUCGAUCCUCUCACAGUUCGGCUUGCCAACAUGGAACCAGGCAGCAGUAUGGCCACCUUACUGCCAGCAUUCUAUGAGCAGGUGGACUUCAAGGAGCGUAAAGCAGCUGUCGAUCGUUUCAACGAGACGAAUCGUUGGAAAAAGCGAGGAAUUGCGAUCGUUCCUUUGGCUCAUCCAAUUAGCUAUUACGGAGGUAUGAAUGCUUGGGUAUCAAUCUACCACGUGGAUGGAAGUGUGGCUGUUACGAUCGGAGCACCAGAGAUAGGGCAGGGCAUAAACACAAAGGUUGCACAGGUGGUGGCACAUACGCUCGGUAUUCCUUUGGCACUAAUUACGGUGAAGCCACAUACCUCUGUUGGCAGCCCGAACGCAUUCGUUGAAGGCAGUAGUAUCAGUACGGAUCUAGUGGCGUACUCGGCCCGGCGUGCCUGUGAAACUCUGCUCGAACGCAUUCGUCCCGUGCGGGAAGAUAAUCGGACCGCUCCGUGGGAAGCGAUCGUACAGAUGUGCUACCAGCGACGGAUAGAUCUGACCGCUUCUUACAACACCAAACAGACGGAUCUACGUGGAUACACCGUGUGGGCACUGUGUGCAGUCGAGCUAGAGGCGGACGUACUUACCGGGCAGGUACAGCUGCAGCGUGUGGACAUUCUGGAGGAUACGGGCGAGAGCAUGAACCCUCUAUUGGACAUUGGACAGAUUGAGGGAGCUUUUGUGAUGGCGGUCGGGUUUCAUCUGCUGGAGGAGCUGCGGUACGAUCGGAGUACGGGAGAGCUUAGCAACUACCGCACAUGGAACUACAAGCCGCCGAGUGCGCGUGACAUUCCGGUAGAUAUGCGCGUUCGGUUGCUGCAGAAGAGUUCGAACCCAGCGGGUGUACUUCGGUCGAAGACAACGGGAGAACCGGCGUACAAUCUGGCAGUUGCUGUGCAGUUCGCUCUGCGGUAUGCCCUGGCUUCUGCACGGCGCGAUGCUGGAUUGCCGAUUGAAUGGCUAGAGCUCGCUACAUCCUGUACACCGGAAAAAAUACUUGCCAUGACAGGGACCACUAUUGAUCAGUUUGUGCUGCAUUGAGGCAACACUUUUAGUAGUUAGUACGAUAUAAACAUAUU